UUGAGGCAGUGCACGGCCUGGCGCCCCUCGGGAGCGCGGGCCCGGCGGAGCCGCCCGCGUGGCGCUUAUCUCGUCCGGGCGCGAGGCGGGUCCGCUGGAGCCUGCGCGCCCCCGCGGCCGACGGCGCCUCGCGCGGCCCCACGCGCGCGCCCCGCCCCCACCCGGGGCCUCCUCCCGCCUCUUUGGACCCCGCCGAUCGGCUUGAGCUCUCCGCGCCCCUCGGCCUCGGGAGCACUGCGCCCCCGGUGACUUCUGACACCACGUAUCCGCCAUUACCUAGAUCCAAGAUGAAUAGCGAUCAAGUUACACUGGUUGGUCAAGUGUUUGAGUCAUAUGUUUCGGAAUACCAUAAGAACGAUAUUCUUCUCAUCUUGAAGGAAAGAGAUGAAGAUGCUCAUUACCCAGUUGUGGUUAAUGCCAUGACCCUUUUUGAGACCAAUAUGGAAAUCGGGGAAUAUUUCAACGCGUUCCCUAAUGAAGUGCUAACUAUUUUUGAUAGCGCACUUCGAAGAUCAGCCUUGACAAUUCUCCAGUCCCUUUCUCAGCCUGAAGGUGUCUCCAUGAAGCAGAAUCUUCACGCCAGGAUAUCAGGAUUGCCUGUUUGUCCUGAGCUGGUGAGGGAGCACAUCCCUAGAACCAAGGAUGUGGGACACUUUUUAUCUGUCACUGGGACAGUGAUUCGAACGAGUCUGGUGAAGAUCCUGGAGUUUGAGCGGGAUUACAUGUGUAACAAAUGCAAGCAUGUAUUUGUGGUCAGGGCCGACUUUGAGCAGUAUUAUACCUUCUGUCGGCCAUCCUCAUGUCCCAGCUUGGAGAGCUGUGAUUCUGCAAAAUUCACUUGCCUCUCAGACUUGUGUUCAUCUCCAACUAGGUGUAGAGAUUAUCAGGAAAUCAAAAUUCAGGAACAGGUUCAAAGGCUAUCUGUUGGAAGUAUCCCACGAACAAUGAAGGUUAUCCUGGAAGAUGACUUAGUAGACAGUUGCAAAUCUGGUGAUGACCUCACUAUUUAUGGGGUUGUAAUGCAACGGUGGAAGCCGUUUCAGCAAGAUGUGCGCUGUGAAGUGGAGAUAGUCCUGAAAGCCAAUUACGUCCAAGUAAAUAAUGAACAGUCUGCAGGGAUCAACAUGGAUGAGGAGGUCCGAAAAGAAUUUGAAGAUUUUUGGGAAUACUAUAAGAGUGAUCCUUUUGCAGGAAGGAAUGAAAUAUUGGCUAGCUUGUGCCCUCAAGUUUUUGGAAUGUACCUAGUAAAGCUUGCUGUGGCCAUGGUGCUGGCUGGUGGGAUUCAAAGGACCGAUGCUACAGGAACACGGGUCAGAGGUGAAUCUCAUCUUUUAUUGGUUGGGGAUCCUGGCACAGGGAAAUCUCAAUUCCUCAAAUAUGCAGCAAAAAUUACACCAAGGUCUGUGCUCACCACAGGAAUUGGAUCUACUAGUGCAGGUCUGACGGUAACUGCUGUAAAAGACUCAGGAGAAUGGAAUUUGGAGGCUGGGGCAUUAGUCCUUGCAGAUGCAGGCCUUUGCUGUAUUGAUGAGUUUAAUAGCCUCAAAGAGCAUGACAGAACCAGUAUCCACGAAGCAAUGGAGCAACAAACCAUAAGUGUUGCUAAGGCUGGCCUCGUGUGCAAGCUGAACACAAGGACCACCAUCCUCGCAGCAACCAACCCCAAAGGCCAGUACGACCCCCAUGAGUCUGUGUCAGUGAACAUUGCCCUUGGCAGCCCACUCUUAAGUCGAUUCGACCUGAUCCUGGUUUUGCUUGAUACCAAGAAUGAAGACUGGGAUCGUGUAAUUUCUGCCUUUAUCUUAGAAAACAAAGGUUAUCCAAGCAAAUCAGGGAAGCUCUGGAGCAUGGAAAAGAUGAAAACCUAUUUCUGCCUCAUUAGGAAUCUGCAGCCCACACUGUCUGAUGAGGGUAAUCAAGUUCUCCUCCGGUACUACCAGAUGCAGAGGCAGAGCGAUUCCCGGAACGCUGCCCGGACAACCAUCCGCCUGCUGGAAAGCUUGAUACGAUUAGCAGAAGCUCAUGCUCGCCUGAUGUUCCGUGACACAGUGACUCUGGAAGAUGCUAUUACAGUGGUGUCGGUAAUGGAGUCCUCCAUGCAGGGAGGUGCACUGCUAGGAGGUGUGAAUGCACUCCACACAUCCUUUCCUGAUAACCCUCUGGAGCAGUACCAGAAGCAGUGUGAACUUAUUCUGGAAAAGCUGGAGCUGCACAGCCUCUUAAGUGAAGAGCUAAGAAGACUUGAAAGGUUACAGAAUCAGAGUGUGUGUCAACAUCAGCCACGGGCAAUGGAAGCAGAGACGACUUCAGGGUCCCUGAGAGAUGAUCCAGGGGAAGAAUCAAAGCUCAGACCAUCAGCUCAGCAGGAAGUGAACUGUAGCACACAUCUGUCCUCUACUGGAGGCAGGCCCGGGGGAAGCCCACUUCUCAAUCCCCCAUCCCAUCUGGGGCCCGAUAGACUGACAAGUAGAAGGCAUUCAGCUGAGCACAGAAAUAGCCAAGAUGACAGUUUGGACUGGUUUGACUCCAUAGCAACUCAUCCGAUGGAACCUAAAAACACUGUUCCUGUGUCUCCUAGUCCCAAAACAAGUGGGGGGGAAAUGGCUUUGAAAAUCUCCCACAACAAAUCUCAGGGUAAGGAAAAAAGGGAGCCAGGCCAAAGGAGCAAAUUGGAAACUGGACCGCUUCCAACACCAGCAGAGACAGAAGCUCCAUUGAGGCCAGACAGCCUUGAGGGUGAAAAGGCAAAAAAGGCAGCAAUGGUGUCUGAAGCAGCAGUAUCUGCUGAUGAGCCAGACUCAGUACUGAUUCAUCACGUCCCCAGGAAACUGCACGAGCUGCGCAAGGAGAGGGCCCAGGAGUUGUGCAGGAAACCCGCCAGGCCGCCCUCGCAGCCCACAAGCCCUCCUCAUCCUCGGCCCACUCCUGUACAGAGCCCAGAGAGAGUGCUUGGAACUCCCAAAAGAAAGAGACAGAAAUCCCUUGCUCGGGUGCAAGAGCCCCACCUUGAAAGUGUUGAGAGUCCGGGUCCCCCUGUGGCCAAACUGGCAAAAUUUACUUUCAAACAGAAGUCAAAACUGACCCACUCUCCUGAAGAUUGCAGCCAUGUGUCUCCUGGCACAAGUAAAACAGCAGUUCAGAGUCCUGAAAUUCCCCAACGUAGAGCAAGAGGAAAAGCAGCUCUGCCUGGGAAGGGUCCAGAAAAGCUGGCCUCUACCUCAGAAAUCAGAAGCCCAGCUCAGCUGCAAGAUAAGACAAAGGACGUGUCACGGCAGCCACCGGACAAAGACGGACCAAGAGAGAAGAGGGAAUGUGCCCCUGCAAAGGGAGCUGUCCAGCCUGAAUUAGAGCUUGGGAGCAUCACUGGGCGUUUCCAUCUUGCUUCUGAAAGAGACAGAAAGGAAGAGGUUUCGUGCCAUAGUAAAAGUGGCAAGGUUCAUGCUUGCACAUUAGCAAGAUUGGCAAACUUCUCCUUUACUUCCCCCUCUGAAUCCAAAUCAGAAUCCCUUCCUCCUCCUGAAAGUAAGAACCCGGGUGAGGGAGGCCCCAGCCCUCUUCUUGUGACCGCAGCUACAGUGCUUGGCAGGAAAAGGAAAACUUUUCAGCUGGGGGGGUCCACCGAGAGACUGAGUCUUUCCAAAACAUCUCUCUUCACUUUACCGGAACUAGACGAUGAACCAUUAGAUUUUGAUUGGGAUGAAGAAAUGAGAAAAAAGCCAUAGUCAUGAAAAGCUUUCUGGUCAAGUUUCACCCUCGUCCACUCAAGCCAGCACCUUCAGGAUAUCAACAUGGUGUUUAUGGAUAUAUAGAAGUAUUGACCAUAUUGGGUGCCAUUCUGAACACCAGCCCCCCCCAUCAGGUUUUAUAAAUUCAGGUUUAUCUUAAUGACUUGAAAAGCUGUGCACACAAUCAAUGAAGGGCAGUGUGAUACCAGCACUUGAAUCUAAUUGAAUCUAAUUAAUUACCAAUUGUGCUUGAUUUUGCAAACAGAGUACUUAUAUUCCCAAAGAUGUUUCUGUUUGUUUUGUUUGGGUGUGGUUUGGUUUGGUUUUUUUUAGGGGGUAGGUUUUCCUGAGAUCCCUUCAUUCACUCAGGAGCAAAUGCCAGGAAGGUAACACUCACAAUGCUAACAAGUCAGAUGAACUCUUUUUCUGUUUGUUUUUUUCCUUUGUUGUUGUUUUUUUUUUUUCACCCAAGAUGUGCUGAGUGUGGUAAAUAUUUAUUAUGAUUUGCCAAAAUCAUGUGAUUUUUUUCUAAUUUUUUUGUAUCUAUUCUCAUGUGUCAGAUUAAAUAUGA